AUGAAUCAAUUACGGCAACCAAAGGAUCUAUCAUCGGGAAAGGAUUGGACUAGAUGGAAAAGUGUGUUCAGUCUUUACAUGGUAGGAUCAGGUGCAAUUAAACUAAAAGAAGAAGAAAAAAUAGCAAUUCUCUUACAUUGUAUUGGUGACGAAGGAAGAACAGUAAGCGAAACUUUUGAAUUUACGGAAAAGGACAGGACAUAUGAUACCAUAAUUAAAAAAUUUGAUGAAUACUAUGUGCCAGCGCUAAAUGAAAGUGUAGAGACUUUCAAAUUCAACAGUCGAGUUCAAGGUGCAGACGAAACAUUUGAAAAAUUUGAAACAGAUCUACGACAAUUAAGCAACAAUUGCAAUUUUGGUUUACUACGUGAUAGGUUAAUCAGAGAUCGUAUUGUCGCAGGAGUAAAAUGUAAAAUUGUACAAGAUCGACUAUUAAGAACUCCAAAUUUAAUACUGAGUAAAGCAUGUGAAAUUGCUAAAUCAGCGGAGCAAACAACGGAGCAAGCAGCAGCAAUCAACAACGGACAACCAACCGAGGUUCAAGCAGUUUUUCAACACCAGAAAACGAACAAAAAAGAACAAAAGCAGACUAUAUGUGGAAAGUGUGGAAAAAUACAUAACUUUAAAGAAUGUCCGGCAUAUGGAAAGCAGUGUCACACAUGUAAAGGUAAUAAUCAUUUUAGUAACAUGUGUUUUAAAAAAAUAAAUAACGGUAAUCCAGCGUAUGUAAAAAACAGAUAUGUGAGGAAUAAUAAAAAUAAUAAUGUAAAGAACAAUAAAAAAGUGUUUGAAAUGAAGGAAGAUGAAGUAUUAUUUUUAGGCAACAUAAAUGUAGAUUCGAUAGUAGAUAGAGAUUUUAUAGUAGUAGAUGAGCAAAGUCAACCAAUUAUUGGGUUUGAAACAAUGAUAAAAUUAAAUUUGGUUAAAAAACUAUAUGAAGUAAAUGCAAACAUAAUGGAUGAUCCAAAAUACAAAUCAAUAAGUGAGGGAAUAGGACUCAUGAAAGUAGAAGAGUAUGAUUUUAAAAUACAACCUGGAGCUGUAGGGAAUAUUACGUAUACAAGUAGAGUACCAUUUACGGUUAUAGAUGAAUUAAAAAGAGAGUUAGAAACAAUGGUAAAUAAUGAUAUAAUUAUUAAAGAAGAAGAACCAACAGAAUGGGUGAAUCCAAUAGUAGUAGUUAAAAAUAAAAACAAAAAGGGGAUAAGAAUUUGCUUAGACCCAUUUCACUUAAAUAAGGUACUAUUGAGGGAACAUUUUAAUUUACCAACAUUUGAAGAAAUCUCUUCUAAAUUUAGUGGAGCUAAAUUAUUUACAGUAUUAGAUGCUAGUAAAGGAUUUUGGCAACUCCCAUUAACACUGAAGAGUUCAAAAUUGACAACAUUUAUAACUCCAUUUGGUCGGUAUAGGUUUAAAAGACUUCCUUUUGGAAUUAAAAUAGCCCCAGAAGUAUUUCAUAAAACAUUUACUAAAUCUAAAGAAGAACAUGAUGAUAUUUUAAGAAAAGUAUUAGAUAAAGCAUUAAGUGUGGGGAUUAAAUUUAAUAGAGAAAAGAGUCAAAUUGCUGUUAAUGAAGUGAAAUUUUUAGGACAUAUAUUUUCAGAAAAGGAUCUAGAAAGAUUCUUAGGUAUGAUGACUUAUGUACAAAAAUUUGUUCCUAACAUGUCUCAGCUAGCAGUACCCUUAAGAGAAUUAUUAAAAAAAGACUGUAAUUGGUAUUGGGGUGAAACUCAAAUAAAAGCAUUUAAUGUAUUAAAAUGUGCUUUAACUUCUGAGCCUUUAUUACAAUAUUUUGAUUUAAAUAAAAAAUGUACUCUAUCGGUGGAUGCAUCAAAAGAUGGAUUGGGAGCAGUAUUAUUACAAAAUGAUUAUCCGGUAGCAUAUGCUUCCAAAACUUUAAAUGACACACAAAAACAGUAUGCACAAAUAGAAAAAGAAUUGUUAGCUAUUUUAUAUGGUUGUGAAAGAUUUAAACAAUACAUAUAUGGUAAAUUUUUAAAAAUAGCAGAUACACUGAGUCGUGCUCACAUAAAAGACAAUAUAGAUUUAUGCGAAUCAGAAAUAGAAUUGCAGGUGAAUAUGAUUAUAAAGAAAUUAAACAUAUCUGAAAACAAAUUGAGGCUGUUCAAAGAAGAGUCUAAGAAAGAUACAGAAUUACAAAUGUUAUUAGAAUUUGUUAAAAAUGGAUGGCCUUCUAUAAAUAAUAUACCUGAUCAAAUAAAAAAAUAUGUGACGUUCUCAGAAGAACUAUUUGAAAAAGAUGGUUUAUUGUUUAAAGGACAGUGCCUAAUAGUGCCAAAAACUUUAAGAAAAGAGAUAUAUGGAAUACCAUUAGUUUUAUUUUCUGAUAAUGGACCACAAUUUUCUAAUAGUAAUUUUAAAAAUUUUUCUAAAGAAUGGGAUUUUGAACACAAAACAUCAAGUCCUAGGUACCCACAAAGUAAUGGUAUGGCAGAGAGAAAUAUUCAAACAGUUAAAAACAUAUUUAAAAAAGUUGUAGCAGACAAAAAAGAUAUUUAUUUAGCGAUGUUAGAAUUGAAAAAUACACCCAUUCUAAAUGAAAAUUACACACCAAAUGAAAUAAUGUUCAAUAGGAAUGUGAGAGGGAUUGUUCCUAAGAUUUGGACAAGAAAAAUUAACUAUAACUCAGUUAAAAAGGCAAUAACUAGUAAACAAAAAAUUGAUAAAAAACAAUAUGAUAAAAAUGCCAAAAAACUAAUACCAAUAAAGGAAGGUUAUCAUGUUUUUGUUAAUAUGGAUAAUAGGAAACCAUACAUUCAUGGAAAAGUGAUUUCGGUAUGUAAUAGACCAAAUUCAUUUGUCAUUAAACUAAGUAAUGGACAGACAGUUGAAAGAAACAGAAAACACCUAAUAUGGGAUCCUGGAUAUGAUUAUGGUGAUAGUAGUGAUACUGAAAUAAGAAUAAAAAAAACAGAAAUAGAGGAUCAAGAGAAAAAGAAAAGUGAAAAGGAAUUAAAUAAAGGAAACCAAAAGAAAAGUGAAAAGGAAUUAAAUAAAGGAAACCAAAACAAAAGUGAAAAGGAAUUAAAUAAAGGAAAUCAAAAUAAAAAGGAAAUAGUUAAAGGAACACAAACUAAGAGUGGGAGGAUAAUAAAAAAACCUAAGCAUUUAGAGGAAUACAUGUAA